UUUCUGAUAUAUGGUAAACCUAAUUUUUUGCUGAGCUUUUGGGUUCUGCUUGAUUCUGUGGCAAAACAUCAGACCUGGAAUACAGUGUCCUGAAGAGAAGUAAUGUAAAAACCAAGCAGCAAAAUCCAGUAGAAGCCAUUCUUCUUUGUGUAUGAAGAAAUUAUUAAAUGUUUCCUAAAUAAGGCUUGAGAUGUACUGAAAUGCUUGCAGUACAUAAAAGCUCUGGGAAUGAUUGUGUUGUUGGGCUGGGAUGUUGCUAAAUCAAAUAGGGAAUGUUUCAAUUUCUGACAGUUUAUGUUUCAGUAAUCCUUGGUGCCCAAUGAAGCUAAUGUUGCAUGUACUUCUGGUUCUGUUCUCUUUAGCAGAUGGCUAGGCAAUGUAUAUGUUGCUCGAGUUUGGAUGCCUUAUUACCCAGUGUGGUGGAAUUUGUGGCAACCACGUUUCAUCAGAGCAGAAGACUAUUCAGCUGUGCUAGUGAUGGGGAACAAUGAAGAGGAACAAAGCGAUAAUGAUGAGGCACAGCCAGCAGGUCCUGCCAGUCCUCCAGCUAGUGAGGAUGAGGACUCAGAGCUUCUUGAAGUGCAUGGACAGGAAAGGAGAAAUGUUACACCGAACAGCCAGGAACAGGUGGAUGGCCCUGGUAAUGGAACAGGAGCUAAUGAUGCCCCUGUGGCUGACUCAGCCCCUGAAGAACAGGGAGCAGAGGAGGAGGACACUCAAAAUCCAGAUUCUCUUUCCUCCAGUGCACAGCAAGGAGUUGUUAUUAGGUGUCCAAUUUGCAUGGAGUCUUACUCAGAGGUAAGGAUCCACCCGUUGUUGUCCUGUCUGCUUUGUGGGAGGAGAAAGCCAGAAGGGGGGAGCUGCACAAGUCAGUUGGAUGAUGUGGGAUGCUGUGGGCAGCUGGCUGGAAGCACAGCCCUUGCUGUGAAGCUCCACAAGUCACUUCUUGGUGAAUGCAGAGGCAGAAGCCCUUGCCAAGAUGGCACUGGCAGAUCUGUGGGUCCCUCGUAAUUCUAAUUCUAGAUGCUCAAAAUAGAGCCUGGUGCCAGUUGAGCAGCAAAAUCAAAUUCUCUCCUCCCAAUAAAUGUUGUGGUUUUCUUUC